UGAUCAUGUUCAUUAGGACAUUUAUUGGUUGCAGGUUAUGUGUUUGAUCAAAUGUCAAGAUGAUAUUUUUGGAUCAUUUCAUUACCUCCUUGAGAGACGAGGUUCGAAUAAUAAAGAUACCGCCACCUAAGGUCAAGAAAAGAGUUGAACUAGGAUUAUUAUACUCAAUGCCACCCAUUAGCUGGUCUAAUAUCUCAUACUAUGAAAAUCAGGUCCUUCUUCUAUUGCUGAAACACAAGGUCAUACAGCUAAAUAGAACAGAUGCUAGACUUGCAAAUAAUGGACUACCUGGUGAGAUUCAGAAGCUACGAUGCCGAGUAAACUUCAAUGCUGUGAGGUUUACUACUCAGAUAGAUGAACUUGGCAGAAGGACAUGUAUAAUUGUUAUAGCAAAGAGGAGGAGGAACUCACAAGAAUGA